UCGAUAUUAAGGUUAAACAGAGCCUGGAAUUCAUUAAUUAUAUGUUUUUUUUAGAACUUCAUGGAAUUAAUCCUCUUGGGUGAUAAUUUAAUAUUUCCAAAAAUACAAAUUGAUAGUUGCGCGUCGAGAUAAUGGAGAAUACGCUAUUUGCGAAUGUUAAGAAGCUUUACGAUCACAAGCUUUACGAGUGCGUGAUUCCAGUGGCCAAGUUGCUGAGGACGGUGCUGCAGAAUGAUCGCAACAUUGCCACCUUGGAGCUGGAGUACCAGGUGCAGCUCUACCUCAACAUUUCACUCUACAAGGAACGCCAAGUUCGGGCGGCAUUGCGCUCCUUUGACGACAUGAUCCACCAGCGGAGGUUAAUGGUGCGCCACAAGAACGCCUGUCUGCUGGCCAUCGAGAGUGUCUAUCCGGAGUUUAAAGAGGUGGAGCUGCGGCGACGAGCCGCCGAGUGCUACCGUGAGAUCGGGAAUCCCGGCAUGGCCAUAGCCACGUUGCUCGAGGUGCCGGUGAAGUCGCGCACACCCCGCAUCAACCUGUUGCUGGCCAGGCUGAAUCACCACGGAUCCGGACCUGGGUGUCCCAACAAGGCGGAGGCCCUGCACGCCUACAAGGAGGUCGUCCGCGAGUGUCCCAUGGCGCUGCCAAUGAUCCAGGCCCUCCUGGAGCUGAAGGUUGACGGCAACGAGGUCAACUCGCUGGUGAUGCACGCUGCCACAGUGCACGAGAACGGAAACAUUGACUGGCUGAGCACUUGGAUCAAGGCCCUCGCCCAGAUGUUCGACUGCCAGCAUCUGGAUGCGGCACGCACCUUCCAGCGGCUGCACGACUCCACCCCGCUGUACGGCAACGAGAUCCUGAUGGUUGCGCUGGGCAGGUGCCUCUACUACCACGGCCACUACUCCCAAGCGGAGCAGCUCUUCGCCACGACGGUCUACGGCCAUCCGGACAACUUGGAGGCCAUCGGACUGCUGGCCGUUGUCCGUGGGCAGGAUGGUGGUCCGGGAGGUCACGGCUGUCAGGGGGGUCAGAGCAGGCAGGACAUGGAUCGUUUGUACGCCCAGGUGACCCGAGAACGUAGAUACUCAGCCGACCACUGGUUCAUCCAUGCGCACGCCAUGUACGAUGCGGAAAAGUUUGAGCAGGGUUUAAAUUUCGUGAAGCAGUGCUUGGAGUCGGAACCGCGACACCAGGAGGCACUAAUCCUGCGCGGCCGGCUGCUCAUCGCGACGGAGCAGCACAAGCCGGCGGCGGAGGCCUUUCGCCUGGUCCAAGCUGUCGCACCCUAUCGAUUCGAGAUCUACAGGGAGCUCUAUCGCAGCUACUUGGCCCAGAAGCGAUUCAAGGAGGCCCAGGCCAUCUGCAACUGGACACUGCGCACCUUCCAGAAUUCGUCCAGGGCCCUCACGAUGUUUGGUUCCACUCUCUUCGCCUCCCCGGAUCCAAAGGUGAAGCAAACUGCCCGCAAGUUUGCCGAAAAGUCCCUGAAGAUCGACCCCAACUACACGCCGGCAGUGACCCUUAUGGCCGAUAUCUGUCAGUUCGAGGGCGCACCCAAGGCGUCCAUCAAGCUGCUGGAGGAUCACGUCUCACUCUUUCCGCAGGCGAAUCUGUUCACGCAUCUCGGAGAUAUGCUGCGAAGCGAAAAGGAACCCAUCAGGGCGUUGGAGUAUUACUACAAGGCAUUGGGUAAGGAUCCCAAAUGCGAGCGAACUUUGCGGGGAAUUAGUUUGCUGCAGGUUUCCAACUCGUUCAUUGUUUCGUCUAUUCUGGACGAAAGUGGCGCCACCAAGGUGGAAAGCGCACAGUCCACUGGUGGAUCGGCCACCCCGAAUCUGGAGUGGAUGGGUGCAGAUUGUGCAGAGAUCUCCCGAGAGACAUCCUCCUCACCGGCCGCCAGAUCUGGCCAGGAUGUCGAUGACGAUGGCGAUGUCCCCGUUUGGCACGAUGUCGAUACGGAUAUGAUUAACUGAUUAACGAUCAAUAACAUCGAGUCACCACAGUCGGGGAACUGUUUUUUCUUUCUGUAAAUAAUUUCAAGGAGCUUUGGUUUUUAAUAAACUUA